AUGCUGUCUACCACUGACCUCGGCUUGUCCAUAUCUACUCUGGUCACCAUGUUGGCUAUAUUCUGGUUUGAUGCCAGGAAGAUCAGUUUUAAUGCCUGCUUGUCACAGAUGUUUUUCAUUCAACUCUUCACUGUCAUGGAAUCUUCAGUGCUGUUGGCCAUGUCUUUCGAUCGCCUUGUGGCCAUUUCUAAUCCUCUGAGAUAUGCUUCUAUCUUAACAGAUCUUAAAAUAGCACAGAUUGGAGUAGCAAUCAUCACCAGAGGUACAUUAAUCCUAAUACCUGUGCAGGUGCUUCUUAAACGUCUAUCAUUCUGUCACAGCCACGUGCUCCACCACUCCUUCUGCUUCCACCCUGAUGUGAUGAAGCUCUCCUGCACAGACACCAGCAUCAAUAGUGCAGUUGGGUUGACUGCCCUGAUCACCAUUGCUGGGGUGGACUCCAUCUUCAUCCUCCUUUCUUAUCUUUUGAUUAUUAAGACUGUCCUCAGCAUUGCAUCUUCAGAAGAGAGGAGGAAAGCCUUUAGCACAUGUAUCUCCCACAUUGGGGCUGUUGCUGUAUUCUAUAUCCCAUUGAUCAGUCUGUCCUUUGUUCACAGAUUUGGGAAAUAG